AUGAGAUCCGAGGAAGAAUCGGUUGAAGGCCUCCUAAGUAGCCUUGGAUUGGCGGAUUAUUUGUCAAUAUUCUACUCUGAAGGCUUCGACACAAUCCAGGCCCUUCAAGAUAUUACAGAGGAGGACCUCGCACAGAUGCAAGUCAAGCGUGGCCAUCGACGAGUUCUUCAGAGGGCCCUAGGCAAAGGCUCAUCAACCAAUGGACUGCUUGAUCCAAAUUCAGCGGUGCCACAACGCCUGGAACUUGGCUGUUCGUCACACGCGUCGGUUUCCCAACGCAGCGGUUCCUGGGAUCACGAGUCGUCGCAAUCCGACUCUUCCUUUUUUGCAGGCAUGGACCCGAACCACAGCCCGUCACCAGCUACCUGUGACUCAAAAGGCAUCAACCGCCCUGUUUCAGAGUCACUCCUUGAGUCCCCGGCUCAGUUCUUCCUGCCUCCAAAACCAAAGAGGCGGUAUCGUCGUCAUCCGAAGCCUGACUUGAAUGCACCAAAAAAGCCACUCUCCGCCUACGUUAUGUUCAGUAAUACUGUGCGUGAGCAGUUGAAAGGCCAACAAAUUUCGUUCACAGAAAUAGCUAGAACCGUUGGUGAUCGCUGGAAGACUUUGGAUCCAAGCUCUAAGGAGGCAUUUGAACGUGAAGCAGCGGAGCAAAAAGAUCGCUGGACCAAGUCAAUGCUCGCGUACAAGCGAACCCGAGAGUACGAGCAGUAUCGUAGAUAUUUGCAACAAUUCAAGGAAGCCCAGCAGGUUCGAAGUGCAGCAACUGAAGCUCGACCCAAGCGCUUCAGCGAUUUGGACUGCAGUAGCACUCGAAGCUUUAAUGCGGUGGAGUCGGAGGUCAACAAUAAUUCCUGUGAGGUAUCAGAUGUCGAGGAUGACGAGCUGGUUCCUCAACCGUAUAUUCCCAGCUCAGUUCCAUCAUCUGAAAGGACAACAACGAAUAAUUCUGCGAACGAUGUCUCUCCGUACCCGUCACCCGUAACAAGUGUGUCUGCGUACCGUCUACCACCACCACUUACGAACAGCUCUCGCAUAAGGCCUACCAUACCAAACCUUUGUACCUUGGACAAGCACUUGACUGAAUCACAGACCCGCUUUUUCAAGUCCAACUGCUCCGUCCGCAAUAAUCCAGAACCUCGGUAAAAUAUCUAACUGCUUUCAAAAUACACGCAUCCACCAGAAAUCAAAGAGCGUGGACUUGUCGCAAUCACGUUAGACAAAUUUGUUCGAGAUUAUCGAGGCAGUUACUUUCCAAGAAUCAACCCUGUGUAACUGGGCAAAAACACCAGACAACACCAUGAAAUGGAGUGUAGCCAUAUGUCGCAGAUUAGAUUUCCACACUUCUAGCUUCACACUUCCCAGCAAAACGUAAAAACAUUUUGAGAGAAAACACAUCCUCCUUUCCACUAGGUGAUCAAUGCUCAAAAGAGUACAGCUUUUGUUUUUUUCUUCCUUCAUAGCCGUUUCUGUUGUUCCUUGCAUAUCCCUUGGAAAUUCCUUGUUCUGCGCCCUUAUCCAACCUGGCAAAUAAAAUAGCUCAGAUGUCGUUAGUAGAAUGUGUAAAUAGAAUGGACACCACCACAUCUCAUGACGACACUCCUUUGGCAUGCUUUUCUGUUUUUUUUUUCUGCUGUAAAAUUUGUGUUCUUAUUGCUAGGAAUGCAUUUCAAUCUGCAGAUAUCCUCAUG